UUAGAAAUGAGGGCUUGAGUUGGGGUGAGAAUCUCAAAUUUAAAAAAAAUAAAAAGCAAAACAUUUGGUUCUCUAUUUUUUCUUGGUCACCUAUCUGGUACUUUCAGCAUUCUUCCUAUUGUUGUUCAUUUAGGACAGAACAUUUUGUGCAUUGAUUCUUUUGAUGUUUCGAUGCAUGGUAUUCGUGAUAUUAAUAUUUCUGCUCUGAUUUUAAGUGUUUGGCUUUUUGCGCACUUAUGUACUUCAACAGGGAGAACAUUCUUUGGUCUGGUGAUAAUUGUGCUCGUUUUGCCUUUUUCAUUGUAGUUGCCAAGUAGGAACUUGCGUCUGGGUGCAAGUUUUUUCCAAAGAUUGAAGGAUCUUUAAAAUCAACUUGAUAUGAAUAAAACUGAUACUUCCUCCCCAAUUUCUCUUCCGUCCGUCUAAUACUUCUCCUUCCAUCUCCCCCUCUUCUCUUUUCCCACUCCUUUCUCUUCUCUUCUCUUCUUCUUUUCACUUCCCCUUCUCCUAUAAUUCUACUAUCUUGUUUUAUUGCAUCCUACAUCACUUAAGCUUUUGUGGGGCUAACAGUUGCAUAAUUUUUUCAGGUUAUACUUGAGUGCUGAUGAAAAUUAAUUUACUGUGAGAAGCCUGAUUUUUUGUGAGAAAAAAAAGAAUAGUCCCUUAGUUCCUCUGAGCUUUUCAACUAUUGUUUGAUUUGAGCAGGGAUUAGGUCUCUUGUUAAUCUUGCGAAUGGCUAAAAUUGGAUCCCUUUGUUGUGUGGCUGCAAGGCCACAUGGAUCAAAUAUGCCCAAUAAGAAUUUGUCUGUGGAGUCACAUAAGCCCUACUGGCGAACUAAUAUAAGCUUUUCACCAGCGCCUUUAAGAUGGGAUUUUGGUUUCCAAUAUGAAGCGCUGUCAUUUGGUUCUUGCGAUGGCGUUCAACUGGCCUCCUCUGCAUCAUCAAACAGCAGAGGAAGAGGAAGUCAGAUGAGUAAAUUCUUAACCCCCCCUCCCCAACAUCUGAUAUCUAAUAGUGUUGUUCCAUAUUUUGGUCCAUCAGACGUCACUCCUGACCAGCAGUGGACUCCCCCUAGUAAUAUAAGAAAUCGACGUGAUGAUUAUGAUACUUCAAGGAGAGAUGUAGUUUUGAGGCAAUUAUCCCUUUCACCGACGAUGGAGAGAACCUUCGUAGCUAGAGAUAGAGGGGACUCUACUUCAUUCCAAGCAAACAGUAGUCAUGAUUAUGGGUCCAUGUUCAAGUCACAUUAUCGUAACUUCUCAAGCCGCCGCAGCUAUAUGUCCAAAGCAAUUCAUCCUUUUUCUUUUCCAUUAGAAACACCCGCUAGAGAAGCUGCUUUUGUCGCCCUUGCUCGGCUGUCAGAAUUUGAUGCCAUUACACUCUACCUAAACAUAUACAUCGUUCAAGUGCUAUUGGUUGUGCUGUUCUGACAGAACUAACUGAAUCCUUUGAUUAUGAUCUUUUUAGGACAUCAAAUAGCUUCAGAUGUUUCUUAUGUGCGACGUUCCUUUCAUAGAGAUCUCCUUGGAGUUCUCCGAGGAUCAUUGAAAGUGGAGACAUGCGAGUCGCAGGAAUCCUUUGGUGUAAUGUAUUCCAUGUAGAAUGCUUGGAGCAAAUAACAACAAAGUUGUGUACGAAUGACCCUCCAUGCCCUAUGUGUGUCAGAUCUGAAGAAAAAAAAAUUUCCCAAUCAGCGAGCUUUUUCCAAGUUCAGAAUAAGUUUCCCUCGUCUGAAACCUUAUUGUCAAGACAUGGUAGAAAGAGGAAUAUGGAUACAAUUGUUCUGGACUCGAGUUCACGGAAGAAAAAUUGGUCCAUAACAAUCAAGCAAAGUAUAAAGCACGAGUCAUGGGGACGUUACACUAGCUAGAAAACAUGUAUUGUGUGAUACCUCGCUUGACAUAGUUGUUGUGUGCGUAAGGUGUAUCAUUAGGUGUGAUGUUUCCUCCAAUAUUCAUAUGACAAUGGAGCGGGCUUAAAAAGCAAAGGAUAUUAUCAAAGCAAGAGUGCAAUUAAGAAACAAGAUGUGCAAGGUGCAAGGAGCACAACCGUAAUAGAAAGACGUGUAAGCACUCACUACCACUGAAUCAAAUACGAAAGAGGAAAAGAAGUUUGUAAAGUAUCAAACAUGUUGAUAAGACGUCACAGAUGCUGGACUAGAGAUGGUUGGAUUUCUAUUUUAAUUUCUAAGGAGCAAAUUUCAUGCCACCUAGCGUAUUCCAUAAUGAAUACUUAUUGUUAAUGUA